AUGUCUAAAGGUUUUGCUCUUAAUUUAAAAAAUGACAAUGUGAUGACUUUUGAAUAAGAAAAUGAAUUGUAUGCUGGACAGAGCAUAAAAGUAUAUCAUACAGAUAUUAUCUAGUUAAAAUUUAAAUAGGAAGAGAAGCAAUUUGAGUUAGAGUUCAAAGUUGGAUAAGAUGUUGAAUGGGCUAAAAAAUGUGUUGCUGAAAUAUUAGAUUGUGGAAGAAAUGAUUUUGUAAUUUAAUUAAGAAAUUAUGUAAAUAGGACUUGA